AUCAAUCUCUUGAGCCUCUUCCUUCCUUCUAUUCCCUCCUUCCUUCCUCCCUUCCUGCCUUCCUCCACAUGGAAGACAAGACGAGCACCCACCCUCGUCUCUGCUUUCCCAUCCCACUGCCGGCCACGCACGUUUCAAUCCUGCCUGCCUGCUGCAAUGCAACCACCGUCAGAUCCAAACUUUUCAAACCUUUUCCCAGUUCCCACAGGGUUGCUUGCUUGCUUGCUUGCUUGGGGUAAAUCCCAGAACAGAAGCUUCAUAGAACGGAAAAAGAAGCGGCGUAGUACAUACAUACAUACAGGACGGCGGCACAGCCAGCCAGCCAGCCAGCCAGUCUUCGAGAAUAAUCGAAUGAAACUGUACUGUACUGUACGACAUCGGUUGCCCAGUGGCACAGUUACUGCCCUCGUGUCGAGUGACCGCGUGUUUUUUUUGUUGUUUUUUUGGUUUGUUUGCGCGGUUAGAGGUUUAUUAGGGUACCGAGCCUGGUACGUAUGUACAGACAGGAAAGAGGAGGGGGCUUUAGUGGUUUGGAGAGGGAAUUUGAGACAGGCCGGUAGUUGGUAGGGGAAUGGGAAAGGGAAGGGUAAGGAAAGAGGGGAAUAGGUGCAUGGUGGUAUUGGGUUGGGGUUAGAGGAUAUUCUGGGAGUUGUAAGGAGGGAGGGUUG